GUGGCAAGGCAGCAGUGCCGCUGACACGAGUGAAGGGACCCCGUGGUCAUUUCCACAGAGCGUUCUCUUGUCACAGCUUUACCCUGCGCCUUCUGAGCCGGACACAACACUGGGACUAGACUCUUCACACCUAUUCACUUUUGGUUUUAGGACUCUUUCGCGCAGAAUUUAACCACCAGACCCUGUGGUUGAAAAGGGGGGUUCUUAUUCCCCCACCGUGGGAAGAGGAGUUUUUUUUUUUUUUGUAUUUUUUUUUUUUUUUUUGUAUUUUUUAUUGUGUGUGUGUGUGAGUGCGUUGUAUGCGUUUUACGCGUCGUUUGCAAUGGGGAAAAGUGGCCAGAGAAGUGGAAUAGGACACGGAGGCUGCAGCUUGCUGAGGAUGUGCGCCACGCCGGGGAUCCUGGUUCUCCUGGUGCUCGUACACCCGGGACUCACCCAAAUGAGAGAUGAUGAUGAUUUCCUGAGUCUGAGUGAACUACCAGAAACCUUCCCCUCCGACCCUCCAGAGCCCUUACCUCACUUCCUGUUUGAGCCUGAGGAGGGAUACAUCGUCAAGAAUAAGCCUGUGAAUCUUUAUUGCAAGGCCACGCCCGCCACACAGAUUUACUUCAAAUGCAACAGUGAGUGGGUCCAUCAGAAAGACCACACUGUAGAGGAGAGGGUGGACGAAAACUCAGGUCUGGUGGUAAGAGAAGCCAGCAUAGAAAUAACACGGCAGCAGGUGGAGGAAUUGUUUGGUCCAGAAGAUUAUUGGUGUCAGUGUGUGGCCUGGAGCUCUGCCGGAACCACCAAAAGCCGCAAAGCACACGUCCGCAUUGCAUACCUGAAGAAGUCAUUUGAACAGGAACCACUAGGGAAAGAAGUAUCUCUGGAGCAGGAAGUGCUGCUGCAGUGUCGCCCUCCGGAGGGGAUACCGGCUGCCGAGGUGGAGUGGUUGAAGAAUGAGGAGAUAAUUGACCCGGCUGAAGACAGGAAUUUCUACAUCACCAUCGACCAUAACCUGAUCAUCAAACAGGCCCGACUCUCCGACACAGCCAACUACACAUGCGUUGCAAAGAACAUAGUAGCCAAAAGAAAAAGCACCAUAGCUACUGUAAUCGUUUACGUGAACGGCGGUUGGUCGACUUGGACAGAGUGGUCAGCGUGUAACAGUCGCUGUGGGCGGGGCUUUCAGAAACGUACCCGAAGCUGUACUAACCCCGCCCCCCUCAAUGGUGGACUCCCCUGUGAUGGACAGGCCAUACAGAAACAGGUCUGCACAACGCUAUGCACCGUGGAUGGCGUUUGGACUGAGUGGAGUAAGUGGUCUGCCUGUGGGACAGAGUGUACUCAGUGGAGAAGGAGAGAGUGCAACAACCCCGCCCCUAAAAAUGGAGGAAAGGACUGUGAAGGACUGGUACUCCAGUCCCAGAACUGUACGGAUGGACUCUGUAUGCAAAGUUCAUUGUUUCAGAAGUCCACUGAGCCCAAAGAAAAGACUCAAUCUGCCACUAGUUCGGACGAUGUGGCGCUGUACGUCGGCGUCGUCAUCGCCGUCAUCAUGUGCCUGGUCAUCUCUGUCAUCGUAGCUCUGUUCGUUUACCGCAAGACGCACCGUGAAUUCGACUCGGUCAUCAUCGAUACCUCAGCGCUAAAUGGAGGAUUCCAGUCUGUUAUUAUCAAAACGGCACGAUCAGCUGAUCAGCUGACUGCUCCUCCAGAUUUGACGAAUGCAGCUGCUAUGUAUCGCGGUCCGGUUUACGCCCUCCAUGAUGUAUCCGAUAAAAUCCCGAUGACCAACUCUCCUCUGUUGGAUCCUCUUCCAAACCUGAAGAUCAAAGUCUAUAACUCUUCCGGUUUGGUUACACCACAGGACGACCUCGGAGGAGACUUCACAUCUAAACUGUCUCCAAAGGUAACUCAGUCUUUGUUAGAUAACAGCGACACCAUGAAUCUUCGCAACCAGACUUUGGCCCGAACACGAGACCCUUCCUGCACUGCUCAUGGAUCCUUCAACAACCAGGGAGGACACCUUAUUGUACCCAACUCAGGUGUGAGUUUGUUGGUUCCAGCGGGGGCCGUUCCGCAGGGCAGGGUAUAUGAGAUGUAUGUGACUGUGCACAGGAAGGACAGCCUCAGACCCCCGGUUGAAGACAUCCAGACGGUGCUGAGCCCUGUGGUGAGUUGUGGACCUCCUGGAGCUCUUCUGACCAGACCAGUGAUCCUCACCAUCCACCACUGCGCUGACAACGUGCAGGAGGACUGGUUCAUUCAGCUGAAGAAUCAACUGGCCAUGGGCGAAUGGGAGGAUGUGGUUGUGGUGGGAGAGGAAAACUUCACCACCCCCUGCUAUGUACAGAUGGACUCAGAGGCUUGUCACAUCCUAACAGAGACACUGGGGACUUACUGCCUGGUUGGACAGUCAGUUGGCAAAGCAGCCGCCAAGAGGCUCAAACUGGCUGUUUUUGGACCCAUCUCCUGCACAACUUUGGACUAUCACAUCCGGGUCUACUGUCUGGAUGACACACAGGAUGCACUCAAGGAGGUUCUUCAGAUGGAGACCCAGAUGGGAGGAAAGCUUCUGGAUGAGCCAAAGACUCUGAACUUUAAAGACAGCACACACAAUCUGAGACUGUCAAUCCAUGAUGUGCCGCACACACACUGGAGGAGCAAACUCAUCGCCAAGUAUCAGGAGAUUCCAUUCUACCAGGUGUGGAGUGGCAGCCAGAGAAGUCUUCACUGCACCUUCACCCUAGAGAGACUGAGCUCAGCCACAAUGGAGAUCAGCUGCAAACUGUGUGUACGGCAGGUGGAAGGAGAAGGACAGAUCUUUCAGCUCAGCAACACACUGGAGGAGGAGGUUCAGUGCAUAGACACGUCCCUGAUGGACCCUGCCAGUAAUAUCACCACCUUAGUCGGACCUAAUGCUUUCCGCAUACCUUUAUCCAUCAGACAGAAAUUAUGCGGUAGUCUGGAUGCACCUCAGACCAGAGGAAAUGACUGGAGGAUGCUGGCUCAUAAACUCAACCUUGACAGGUACCUGAACUACUUUGCCACCAAGUCCAGUCCAACAGGGGUGAUCCUGGACCUCUGGGAGGCUCAGCACUUCCCUGAUGGAGAUCUAAAUGAACUGGCUGCUGUGCUUGAAGAGAUGGGUCGCCAUGACAGCAAUCUUGCCUCCAUGACAACAGAACACUGACGAAGCAACAUGGUUACCAUGACAAUGACAGAACUCUGGAGAUGAUUUCACGUAAAUUCUCUACGGUUGAUCCUGCAGCAAGGGCAGCAAAUUUGAUGUGAACAAAAGAAAAGUUGUCACCAUGGUGAUUGAGCGCCGAUUAAAUACCAUGGCAAUGAUGCCGACAUGGUAACAGAAGGAGAAGACAGCAGUUGAAGGGACGGUGCUCGAAUUGUGUGUGUAUCCUUGUGUGUGUAUUUGCCCAAAGUUGCAGUGUUGUGUGUAACCGAAGAAGAGAUAGCCCUAGCUACCACACAAACCACACCUAUCAGGAACAACAACAAAAAAAACAUACACGCCUAAAAAGACCUUGUUUAGUGUGAAACCAGUUGUUCUCUUGCUGUUAUUUUAUACUGAACAAAGAGAAGCAGAGAAAAGAAAAAAGAGAGCAACAGAGGUGGUGACGCUGAAAACCUCUUUAAUGUACGGAUAGAAUGAUAAUGAGAGUGGAGCUAAAGUGAUUGCAGAAGAGUGGGAGAAUGCAGAUUGAGGAGAAACAGAAAGCGAGUUAGAGGCAAGUCUAUUUUAAGGAGAGCAUAAACAGAGAGAGGCUAAAUUGAUUAGAAAAGUGAGGGAGGACAUAAACAGGAAAUGAUGGAAGAGCCAACAGGUGAUCACCUGAAAUAAGAGGAUGGAAAACGGAUGGGGGGGGGAAGGAAAUGAACCCACUCUUCUCUAGUGAGUCAUGGCUGUAUGUGUUUGCCAGUAGAGUUUGUUGUCUUUAUAUAGUUUCCUAGGGAACGCUCUAUGUAUUCUGCUGUCCAUAUGUGUGGAUCAUUUCCUGCUAAAAGAAUUUGCAACACAUAUUCAAUCAAGGGUCCUGACCAGAAGCAAGCCCCUGACAGCAAGCAUCCUUUUUUGGCUGAGAUCAAUGUGGUCUUUUUUAGUUUCCAUAUAUGGAUCAAAACAUGAUGUUUGAAAUCUCUCUGAUGGGACAUUUUAGAGACAAUUUAACAGAUUAGUGACAGAUUAAAUUCAUUUUUGCUUUAGUUGGACCAUAAGGGAUUAUCCAAAACAAGGAGCUACUUUAUAUUGAAAUAAAUGUUGGAAUGGCAAUCAAUUAAAGUUGGCUCUCUGAUGGGACAUUACUGUGUUUUGACCCCUUGCGUGACAUUAAUAUUGGGCGUUCAUCCCGAUCGUUAGAGGAUCAGUCGAAGGCGGUCCACUUACCUAACGUGUGCCUCUAAUUUCAGUAAAAAACACCAAUCCAAAGAUGAUUACCCUCCUGAUAAUGGUCAGAUGUUUGUUUUAAUCAUCUAUUUUUUUUGCUAUUUUAUCAGGGCAUAGUUGUGACAUGCUUGUUUGAGAGUCUGUUUUGAGGUAUGUUAAAUAUUUCACUUAUGAUAAACAGAUAAACAAGGCAGACAUGCAAAAAAAAAAGUCCAUUUCAGUUUCAUUCUUAGGCUUGUAUUUAUUAUAUAGUCAUGCUCUGUUUCUCCCCCAAAGAGGACUUGUUUGGAUGAGGCUGUACUGCAGAUGUAGACUACAUGAGGGGUGGGAAACUCUAGCUGCGGCUACCACGUUUGGUUGACUACAGCCUCCAGGAGUGUUGUUCGUAAAAUUGCUGGGGCUUGUUUCUGACCAGGAUCCAACUCAGAGAAAAUGGGGAGCAAGCAAGAGGUGAAAAUACAAGUGUUUUUAAAUACAGUAAUAUACAGAGUACCAUAGUAUUAUGUGAUAUAUAGUGAAUAAAAUACUGAUAUCACUCAUUACCAUUACAUUUUAAUUUUCUAAAAUAUAUAUACACACACACAUGCACACACACACACAUCAGUAUCACACACUGUCAGUUAUGUUAUCUCCAUUAGAUUUAAUUUGUGAUCAUCACCAUGACUUUGCUGGUCACUAGCACCAUCCAGUGGCCUUUGAAGAACAACAGCAUUUACAUUUUAGUGCAUCUAAAACAUGUAAAUACAUUAUCUUCAUCUUAAUGACCUUGUAUUAUCAUAAUAUUUUUGUUCAGUGUCAUUCUUGUGUUAUUUACAUUAACAUUAUUAUUUUUAUUAUUUUGCCAUUUUAAUGUUUUUUAGAGAUGUGAACGGCGGUGUGGGGAUGGGGGGGUCUGUAACAUAUCAAGUUAGUUGCCCUUUAUCUCAACAGAUGUUAUGUCAGCAACUAACAUUCCAGCUUAUGGUGUACAAAAGAAAAAAAAAAAAAAAAAGAAAAAGACAAAAAAGUGAUUUAGAGGAAAACAUCAACAUACAGAUUACAGGGCCUAUGUAAAAUGUAGUGUAAUAUAUUUGUAUUUCGCAGGAUGAGUUUGUGAAUCAAGGCUGGCUGUUCAAUGGAUACAGGUUUAGUGUGUGUGUUGGCUGGAGUCAACAGUGUCAUAACUCUUAAAAGCCAGGUUUGAUGAAAAAUAUGAGCCUUAUUUCUGCUUUUUAAUAGUGUCAGAUUCCCCCAAGGGCAUCUGUGAAGCAAAGGAUGAUGUGAACGUUUGAUUCAAGGGAAAUGCGUGUAAAAUAUUCAAGAACUGGAACUCAGAAAUUUGUGUUCUGAACUACGGAGAGACGCCAUAUGAAACCGAACAUCAGGUACGAAGAGGAGAUUCUGAGGAGGAUACUGUAAAGAAAACAAAGUAGACAAAGGCUGAGUUAACACCUGUACAAAAGGUCAGAUCUUUACCUGGUCAUGACAGAUUUCAUCUUGUGGCUGUCUCCACAGGAGUAAACCUUGAAACAUUGAUUUUUCACAUUGAUUUUCUUUCUUUGUUCAGUCAGUCAGAAAUUCCUGAAGAAAAAAUCUGACCUCUUGUAUCAGUGUUAAAGCAGAUGUAGAAAACGCGGAGGCCUCAAAAGUGUGUACAUGUUAAUGUUUGGACAGCCUUAUUAACCAAAUUAAGAAAAGUGUAUGGUUAAAUGACAGAGUGGAUGUUUUGUAUAUUUUCACAUGUAACGGCUGAUGUCAGAUGUGGGGAAACAAAGGGAACAGUCUUGUAAAUUUUAACAGGAUGAAAGCCUAAAAGGUCAAAUCAUCAAUGCAGUUUCUUUCCGAACAUGAACCAAAUUUCAUGACAUUGUCUCUUUCAUAAAAUAUGACCAUCAACAUCUCCGACUAAGUCAAAAGCAGAAUUCACGGUCUCGUAAGAUCAAUAUUUACCUCUCAGAAGCAACCCUCUUUCAUCCAGCCUGAUUCAUCAUUAGAAGAGGAAAUGCAAGGAAACAAUUGAUGAAGAAAUUACCUUACCAUUACUGUGUAAUCAAAAGCCCAAAAGUUGCCAGGUCUAAUUUGACAGUUUACCAGUGGGUUAGACUGUUUGUUUGAGAGAGUAAGACUGAAAAAAGCAGUUUUUAAUGUGGAGAGCACACUGGACCUCCAAACGGGGAUCCUUUGUGAUGUGAAAAUGAAGAAAGUAGUGUUAAAAUAUCAAAGUAUGUAAACAUAUUUUCUAUUCACAGUAUGUACAGUUAUGUACUGUCAGCUAUAUUUGGCAAAUUUCAGAAUAUAAAAAAAA